CCGGACCCUGCGAGAGCUCCGCCCCCUCCCCGGGCUCAGAGUAGGAUUAGAGCGGCGGGGUCGCCAUGGCCGCCCGCGGGACAGCCGAGGAGCAGCAGCCUCUGCUGGGCGAGCAGGGCCCAGGGACCAGCCAGUGGGAUGUUGUGGAAACUGAAGAGCAUUAUAGGAGUCGGUGGCGUUCCAUUCGCAUCCUAUAUCUCACUAUGUUUCUCAGUAGCGUAGGCUUUUCCAUUGUAAUUAUGUCAGUAUGGCCAUACCUCCAAAAGAUUGAUCCCACCGCAGAUGCAAGUUUUUUGGGUUGGAUUAUUGCUUCUUAUAGUCUUGGCCAAAUGGCAGCUUCACCUAUAUUUGGCACAUGGUCUAAUUUUAGGCCAAGGAAAGAACCUCUAGUGAUCUCAAUCUUCAUUUCAGUGGCAGCCAACUGCCUCUAUGCUUACGUCCACGUACCUCCCUCCCACAAUAAAUACUACAUGUUGGCUGCUCGUGCACUUGUGGGAUUUGGAGCAGGAAAUGCAGCAAUAGUUAGAUCUUAUAUUGCUGGUGCUACUUCCUUGCAAGAAAGAACCGGUGCCAUGGCGAACACCAGCGCUUCCCAGGCCUUGGGCUUUAUCCUGGGUCCAGUUUUUCAGACAUGUUUUGCUCUGAUUGGAGAAAAGGGCGUGACGUGGCCAGCCAUUGACCUGCAGGUGAACAUGUACACGGCCCCCGUUCUACUCGGCGCACUUUUGGGAGUUGUCAAUAUUGUCUUGAUCUUUGCUAUGUUAAGGGAACAUCGGGUGGAUGACUCUGGAAGACAGUAUAAAAGCGUUAAUUUUGACGAAGCAAGCACGGAUGUAGUUCACGAUUCCCAGGAAAGCAUUGAUCAAGUUGCUGUUGUCACCACCAACAUUCUUUUCUUCAUCAUCCUGUUUAUCUUUGCUCUUUUUGAAACCAUUGCUACUCCACUGACAAUGGAUAUGUAUGCCUGGACCAGGGAGCAAGCUGUGUUAUACAAUGGAAUCAUACUUGCUGCUCUGGGAGUGGAAGCAGUCAUCGUUUUCAUGGGAAUCAAAGUACUUUCCAAAAAAACUGGAGAGCGUGUGCUUCUGCUCGGAGGACUUCUGAUCAUUUUAUUCGGAUUCUUUAUCUUGUUACCUUGGGGAAAUCAGUUUCCAAAAAUCCAGUGGGAAGAUUUGCAUAAUACUUCCAUUUCUAAUAAAUCAUUGGGAGAAAGAGUUCUCUAUUUUUGGAAGUCAUCAGCAGGAAAUUCCAGUGAAGCCCCGACUGGCUGCCCAAUCGAGCAGUCCUGGUGUCUCCAUACUCCAGUGAUUCACCUGGCCCAGUUCCUCGUUGCUGCUGUAUUGAUAGGAAUGGGUUAUCCAGCCUGCAAUGUUAUGUCCUAUACCUUAUACUCAAAAAUUUUGGGACCAAAACCUCAGGGCAUCUACAUGGGCUGGUUAACGGCUUCUGGAAGCUUAGCCAGGAUUCUUGGACCGGUGUUUGUCAGCCAAACAUACACUUACCUGGGGCCCCGAUGGUCAUUUAGCUUAGUCUGCGGAAUGGUUGUGUUAACGAUCGUGCUUUUGGGAGCAGUUUAUAAGAGACUUAUUGCUUUUUCUAUACGGCAUGGCAGGGUCCGAGAGUAAGCUUAGGAGAAUUAAGUAGAAGAGGUGAAGAGUGAUGUGAUUGAUGGGACUUUGUUUCAAGAUUGCUGGGAGCCUGGAGCUUCGUUUCCAGAAAGCCGGGUGCUUUUGCAGAGGCUCAGCCGAUUGUCUGUGUCUUGGGAUGGGUGUUAAGCACAGGCCAAAUUCCACCCUGUUGCUUGGUACCAGAGGGCAAGUUAAUCAUUUUUAGAUUCUAACUUCCUCUUAUACAAGGCGAAACAAAGGUUUUACAGCACCUGAGCUAAUGAGCAAUAUAUAAAUGCACAGCAACAUUCACCUAAUGUGAGCUGCACCUGCUUUAUUAGUUUUGAAUCCGGUUUACACUGUCAGAGAACAGAAAAAGAACAAAAAUGCAGAAACGAUUGAUUAUCGUGUGAGUCAGAUGGGCCCUAGCUCCAAUUUCAUGCCACAAAAAAUUUAGAAAUUUAUAUUAGUAUUCAUUCUGUUGUUUAGUUGUUUUCAUCAUGUCCAGCUCUUCUUGACCCCAUUUGGGGUUUUCUUGUCAGAGAUACUGGAGUGCUUUAUCAUGUCCCUCUCCAGGUAAUUGACAGAUGAAGACACUGAGGCAAACAGGGUUAAGUGACUUGCCCAGGGUCACACAGCUGGUAAGAGUCUGAGACCCAACGUGAACUCUGGAAGAUGAGUCUUCCCGACUCUGUGCACUCUGGCGCCCCCUAGCUGUCGAUUACACAGAGUACCAAAGAGCCCCUCUGGUCCAGACGACCCUAGUUCAAGUCCUAUCUCUGACAACUCCUGGCUGCAUGUCUCUGGCCAGUCCUCAGUGCCCCAGAUGACUCUCCUCAUUCAUAAUGACUGUAAAUGCAGAACUAGAGCCCAUCUGCCUUAGCGGAGGAAGUGUCCUCACUGGUACUGCUUAGACCCCUGCCUCCCUCAGUGCACGUUGUAUAUCAUCUUACAAAUUUCCCCGUGUCUUUUGUCUGUCCAGCCCUUAAGUACGAUGCUAGGUGCUAAGGGAGGCAGAGUCAGUGAGACUCCCAGCCUCCAGCCUCUUCCUUAGAGGGGAGAUGGCAUGAGUGCUAGAGAGAGGAGGGGGCUUCUGGGGGCUGUCACUGCUGAACAAGCAGAAUUGGGGAAGGCUUCAUGUGAGAAAUGGCAUUUGCGCUCGCUUGGAGAGUGGUCAGGAUUCAACUCGAGGCAGAGGCGGGACCCAGCACUGCAAGAACAAAACCACGGUGUGAGAAAAGGCAUAGGGCAGUGAUGGAAGAGCAGGCCCCUCCUGGGCAGCAGGACAGCAGGUUGGGGAGGGCAGAGGGAAGUGAGAGAAUUUGGAACUGAAAGUGAAACAAUGGAAUUUUUUUUUAAAGAGAAAAUAAAAGGACAUGAAGACUAGCGUGAGGUUUUGGGAACCAAGUUGUGGAGGGUUACAACCGCCAGGCCGAGGAGUUAGAAUGUAUUUGGUAAACAGAGGUGUGCCCAGGGUCUCCUUAAUUGAAGUGUACUCGGAAGCAGAAAUCCAGUUAGAUUUAGUUUCCUAUGAAGUUAGGUGUUUCUUUUAAUUGCUCACGAGCAGUUUACUUAGACUGUAUAGAUAGACUUACGUCUGUAGAUGCAGAACAAAAAUAAUUUGAGAACAGAGUUGUUGACAUGAUAAAAGUCCAGCUGAAUGCUCUGAGCAUCUGUUCAAACCUGAAGGCAGGAUAAUGUUUUAUCCCUUGCAUCUCUCACGAGUGGCAGAGGCCAGAGAACGGCAGUCAGGUUGUUCUCUACAUCGAAGGAUUUGGUUAUAAUUUGAAGCAGGAUACUUUUACUAAAUGUGAGGUGUUUGGGAGAAGCCCAGAGUUCUUACUGUUCAGAGUAAUAACUUUCAUCGCUGUUCUAAGUCUGUACGUCUGACUGUGUUUACCGUGGGUUUGACUGAAUUGCACUACCAAUGUAAAUAUUUCUACCUCUACAGUAAAGAGCCAUUUUAAAAGGAUCUGAAUAGCACGUGUAGGCUUGAGAAAAACACUGUGUUGGUGGGCAAGGUUCUUUGACAAAAUGCAAAAGAAUCUUCAGUGAUUUUCCUAAGCCAGUUUUCUCCUGUAAGCCCUGAGUGUUUUUACUGCUGAUGGUGAUACUAUGAUUUGCACUUUAACUGUACCAAAUUCAACUUUAUUUCUUGUAGCUAGUUCCCUUGUCUGUUAAAUGAAGUGGAGUUGUUAAUAUUGGCUUAGUUUGCAAAUUCAUUUACUCAGGGAGUUGUUUUCCUUACCCAUCUCGCUUCCCACAUCAGGAUCUCCCUUCAGCUAGGUAGAUAGACCACACUGGGGCCAUUCACCCAUCCCAUCUGGCAUGCUGCUGGUGCCAGAGGCUCCCCCGUCUUGGGCAGAAGAAAAAUUGGCCCGUUAGUGCUUGAAGUGGGCAUGCAGAGAACAGGGAAGCUUCAGGAAGAGCAGUCUAUGUAAUUGUAAUGAUUAUAUCAGAUCUUAGCAGACACAAGCCUGUCCAAUAGGAUUUGAAAUUGCACAGGCCUACCUUGCUUCUGCAUUGAAGGGCACCAGUUACUGGAGCAAGUGUAUUCAGUAAGCACUUAUUAAUCAUUCACUAUACCCCAAACUGUGAUACAAAAACAGACUGUGCCCUCAAAAAGUUCACAUUCUACUCACUUUGUCCUUACCAAUGGUAGUGGGGCAGGGCUGGGCAGGGGGGAAUGGUUGAUAAAGGGUAAGUUGCAAUGUUUUUUGGAGUAAAACAAUUAAAAUAACUUGUGAGCUUCAAACUAAACGUCAUACGUAGUCUCGAUAGUUAUUCACCAAAAGAAAGUAAGUGGCCAUAAGCAGGGCUUCCCUGGUACAUACCUAGCUUUACUUAUUGUGAAUUGUUUCUUGGCAAAGAGACUGGAGUGUUUUGUCAUUUCCUUCUCCAGCUCACUUUACAGAUGAGGAAACUGAGGCAA